AUGGCUACCGCACGAAGCACUGUGUUGAGCACGCCUAAGCUCCUGGAGCAAAUUAUGGUCAACCUCGAUCAAACCACCCUCAUCACAGCCGCCACCCGGGUACACAGCUUCUGGCACCGUUUGAUACAGACUUCUCCCCAAAUCGGCAAGACUAUUCUCUACCCAGACUGGCGCCCGACCCUCGAGCCGAGAUGCGGAUUCGGAAGAAACGAUCGCCUUCUGCUGCAGUGCCAACACCUUGUCACCGGCAGACAGGGCCGUGAACAUACAAUGAACAAAGGCGAGUUCCUGGAAAGCAUACCGCUUCCUAUCUACCACACGCUGGAGCACGACUCGUCAUCGCCUCUCAAGGAUAUGCAGGUCGCCCAUCCGCCCAUCACCAAAGUUCGAUGGCACCUAAACGACAGGCUGGUGGCUGCUACCAGUCAGGAGGAACUUGUAGACGGUCCCGGCUUCCCUGCCACGUACACGGCAGACUUCUAUUUCCCGGACGGCGUGAGAGUUGGGCAGCUCUACAACAUGCUCUCCGCCGGCAACCACCUUUGCCAUGUCAUGUGGCCUGAGCCCGGAAACCACCUGCGCCAAGCAAGCCGCUCCAACACCGACCACUGGGCCGACUUAGAGGCCGAGGAGGCCAACCGCGACAAUAUGCUGUUGAUACGCCGCGUUCCGGUGGCAGUGCGUGAGGGCCAGACGCGGGAUAAAGUCAACCUGAAAGUCUACCAGAAGAACCUUGUCAGCUUGAAGGGGGAAUACCUCGACUUCGAUUAUGUGAGCCAAUACGGAAAGGCCGGGGCCAUGAGAGAGCUAAUCGCGCGGAUGCGUGGGCCAGAGCUUGAAGCAGAUCAGUGGGCAGCAUAG